UCCCGUUAAAGGAGACUCGCGCCGGGGAAGUUCAAGGCAAAGGCAGCGGGGAAGGCAGCCUGGGCCGCCGCAACAGGCAGCUGCCCGCCAGAAAGCGCUGGGCAGCACGCGCGCUGCUUGCCAAGCGGGGCCGCUCUCCAAGGGAGCUGCAAGGGAGCGCUCGGGCUCGCCGCGCCGGGCAUGCCAAGUCGGGCGCUCUCUGUGCAGUUGCGCAAGUUGGGUCGCCUCCUGCCAGCGGGAUGUAUACCAUCACCCGGGGCCCGAGCAAGAUAGCCACCCAGAGGAGAACGGGUCCCACGCAGCAGGUGGAGAGCAAAUCGGGGGACCUGAAAUGCAGGCGGCGGCAGCAGCAGCAGCAGCAGCUCGGCUCCUGGCCUCUCUCAAGCCCUGCUCCCAAGCUCGUGUUCAACAGGGUGAAUGGCAAGAGACCUCCACUUAUGCCACAGCAAACACCAGCCAUAGAAGAAAGCUACACUUUGGCUCAUGAGGAAAAUGUACGGUUUGUGUAUGGAGCCUGGCAACAGGUAGAACAACAGUUGUACAAUAGCUGUCCAGGAGAAAGUGGAUCUGGCCCCGUGCAGUACACAGAGAAAACACCCAACCCUGAACUGAAAGAUUUUGUGCCGAUAGAUCUUGAAGACUGGUGGGUACAACAGUUUUGGGCCAAAAUUGAAAAUGGCUCCUAAUGCAAGAAAGUAGAACAAUUUAAAAUUAAAACACUAACAACGUAUCCAAAGGCCGCUGCCCAAGCGAAGAGAGAAUGAGAAGCAUUGGGACCACGGCAGCCCCACACUUCUGCUUCUACCCAUGAUGAGAGGCAGGAAGGAGACCACACUCACUGCCCAGCUGUGCUACUUCAGGGCCGGGUUUUG